AUGACAGAAACGCUUAUCACUCUGUCCACCCACCCAUUGUUGCGCCGGUUGCAGAAGGACCACCGGUCAAAAAAGACUGGCCCACUAAAACCUGAUGCCAUAUGUUUCAAUACACCACCAACGCCGGGCCCCGCUUGGUGGUGGGACGGCCACUGCUACUACGAGUACGUUGACGAUCCUCCAACGAGAAAAAGUAGAGGUCAAGUUCAGUCUGACCGCCAUAUACCUACUUGCCCUCCAAAAAAAUAG